AUGAGCGGAUGGCCCGACGCCUCGCUCUCCGCGCGCGCUCGCCUGCCAGCCUGCCUCGCUCUUCCCGCGCGCCGCCCGCUGCUGCUCCUCCCGGCCUCCCCCUGGCCGCCACGCAGCAGCCGUCUGCGCGGGGGGGGCGGCGUGGCGGCGUGCUGGCCUCCUCGGCAGCACGAGCUCUCAAGGCUGCGCGAAGACCAGACCCCCCCCCGCGCCGUGAGCAGGAGUCACAACGGCGGGCUCUGGCUGAUCUGUGGUCUCCGGGGGGCCGCUGCCAAGGCCCCGGGACCGGCCGAUGAGAGCUCGGGGCAGAGGACCCGUCCCAUUAUUUCUGUCUCCCUGGGCCCCCCUUAUUCUCAUCCUGGAUCGCUUCUUAUCCUUUGGCCCAGAGCCAGCCUCUGGGCUCUGAAGAUGCCAGAAAACCUCCGGCCCGAUACUUUUGAGGUCGCCAGAGUGCCGCGCGUCUUUGAAUUGCACACGGCAUCCUUCUCGACGUCUUUCGUGACUCCCAGCGGCACGCCUUUGUGA